CUAGCAGACAUAACUUCAGUCAGACAUUUGUUUUUCACCAUCCCCUUCUGACCCCCUUGCUCAGUAGACCACAAUAAAACUCUAAACAUAAACAACUAAUCUUACCUAGCGGGAGACUACUAGUAAGUAUCUACUCUUUUUCCUAAAAACUGAAAUACAAUGAGAGCUGUGUCUUAUGUGGAACGUCUUGAGUUUGAUUUCCCUGGAUCAGUUUUCAAAAAUGCAUUUUUGUUUGGUGAUGUUGAUAAUGACAAAUGUGAAGAACUUGUUGUGGGUAACGAAAAUGGAGAUGUGUACAUUUACAAAGGCAGCGCUAGUAAAUGUUGGAGAAGAGCUAGUGAUUUGGGAAUGGUAACUGCAAUUGGAGUUGGUGAUAUAUUCAAUGCGGGUCGAAAUUCUUUGGUUGUGGUUAAUGGGGAAGGCUGGUGUUACAUUUUUGAUUUCCUCACGGAUACGUGCAGCGACGGUGAACUUCCCAUGAAACCGACUCACGUACAACGAAUUCCGGCUAAUACCAAAGUCCUUCUCCUGCAUGAUGUGAAUUCAGACGGAAUGAUUGAACUUGUGAUUGGAUUGACGGACCGAGUUGUCCGCACGUAUCAGUGGAUUAAUACAAAACUGGUUGGUCUCAACAAAUGGGAGUUCGCUAAUCAAAUUGGUACUGUGGGUAUAAAUGACAUGGCCAACCGCACCCCUUCACUUCUAGUUGCCCAUCCGGGAGGUACGUUUAUUCGGUUGAAAUGUAAGCCUUUAGAAAAUUGUGAAGAUCAUGGAAAAGAAGAACCAAGGGAGUUAUUAUCUAAAAUGUCAAUUGAUUAUCAUCCACUUGCAUACUCACAUAUGCGCAAUCCAAAUGUAUCAACGGAAAUAUUAGGGAACAUAUCACAGGGAAUAUCGCAUCAAGAUGAAAAUAAGGGAGCCCUGUAUGCCGUUGCUACACUUGACGGAACCUUGAUGAUGGUACGAGAUGAGCAAAUUUUGUGGUCGUUACAAGUUGAUCAUCAGUUAUUUGCUCUAUCGAAACUAGACAUAACAGGCGAUGGCCGGGAAGAAGUGGUCGCCUGUUCAUGGGAUGGACAAACAUACAUUGUAAACCAAGAGAAGCAAACUGUUCGGUUCCAAUUUGAUCAAUCCGUUUCAGCCUUCACCGCAGGUUAUUAUUCCUUAAAUUCCCAAUCGUCUUCCCUCCCCGCUUUUGCUUACGCAACGUUCCACAACAAAAUCUACGUGUAUUACAACGUCUCUCUUCCAAGAAUAACUCUCCACACUUCUAGCGAACUUCUCAAAACGAAAUCUGAAAAUUUAGAUGAGAACUUGUUGAAGUAUCUUACGAAUCCUUCGAAAUUGAGCGAAAUAUUUGCUAAAACACUUUACAAAUAAAAAUUCUCUAUUCCUCUAACCGAAAAUAAAAUAAAUUAAAUUUA